AGUGAUCUGUUGGACGGCCGAGCUGGGACGGUUGGAACCACCCAUUUAUCACAAGCGUCGGCCGUAGCCGACCAGCGUUUCGGAUAAUACACGCAGUAUAAAUACUUUUGGGGCUCUGGUGAGAGACCGUCAGUUCAUCUCUUGACGGCUCAGCGCAUAUACAUACAGGCAGAAAUCCAAAUAUGAAGAUUCUGAUUGUGUUGGCAGUUUUGGUCACCGUGGCAUCGGCCCUUCCUCAAUUCGGCUUUGGUGGCCCAGGCUUUGGCGGACCUGGCUUUGGCGGACCUGGAUUCGGAGGCGGCGGCUAUGGAAGACCAGGAUUUGGAGGAGGUCCUGGCUUUGGAGGCGGUUUCGGAGGUGGUCCGGGCUAUGGCGGCUUUGGAGGUGGGCCUGGAUAUGGCGGAUUCGGCGGGAGCCCGUAUGGCGGCUUUGGAGGCGGUGGUGGUCGUCGUCGUCAUGGCGGCGGCGGCGGCGGUGGUGGAGGUGGUGCUGCCUCGGCAUCGGCUUCCUCUAGCGCUUCAGCGGCAGGCGGCGGUGCCGCUUCAUCCUCGGCCUCCUCAUCUGCCUCAGCAUCAGGCGGCGGUGGCUUCUAUGGCUAGACCGGAUGUCUGUGGUUUAUACUUAAGAUAGGGUUAAUGUGUGAAGAAAGUCUGAAAAUAUAAAAUCCAAAAACCGAA